CUCAAGCAAAACACGCGCACGUGAAAAUGGUGAAAACGUGAAGGCGACUUGAGUUUUAUUUGCAAGAAUAACUUAGAUUUACCGAAGGACACGUUUAAAGUUCGAGUAAAAUGAGUGAGUCGGGACAUUACCCUCCUCCAGAUUUCAGCAGUCCGCCCCCGAACACGUUUCAGCAGCAGCCCAGGGCCAGCAGCUUCCAGCCGGGCAUGUGGACCUGGCAGGAGACCCCUUCAGAGACCAGCUGGGGCUACAACAGCAGUUACUACGGAGCUACAGCGAGCUACGGGUCACAAUCUUUAUGGGGAAGCUAUGGCACUAAUGUACCACACGGUCAAAGCUAUGGACAUCAGUGGCACCAGAGAGGAGGACACGGAGGAAGACAACAUUACGGAACCCCGGGAAAUUAUGGGAACAAAAAAAAUAAGAAGGAACCUGAAUUUCCUUAUUUCUGCGACACUUGUGACCGAGGAUUUAAAAACACUGAGAAGUAUAAUGAACAUAUGUCCCAACAUGUCAAGUGCUCUGUUCCUGACUGCACUUUUAUGGCUCAUGAAAAAAUUGUGAACAUUCACUGGAAAAAUAACCAUGCACCAGGAACUAAACGGAUCAAACUGGACACACCUGAAGAAAUUGCUAAAUGGCGAGAGGAAAGACGAAAGAACUACCCUACACGCGAGAAUGUUGAGAAGAAGAAAAAGAUGAUGGAGAUGAGAGAGGAGACAGGAGGUGUUCUCGAGACAGCUCAGUUUGGACGAAUGAGAGGAAGAGGACGGGGUAGGGGACGUGGAAGAGGCCGUGGUUGGGGAAACAGGGGGUCUCAGGGUUGUUAUCAAGAAGCUUUUCAUACUUCAGGUGGUAUUGUUCCAGUGAAAUCACAAACACCAGCAAAAAUCAAUAGAGAUGGAGAUCCACUUGGGGUGUUAGCUUCUGGAGACCAUGAUUCAGACAAGGAUGAUGCUGCUCCUGAGAAAGUAGUUGUGGCUCCUAAGCAGAUCAGUUCAGCAUUGGGAUCUCUGAUGGCAAAUUAUGGGUCAAUGAGUGAAAGUGAGGAAGAGCCUGACUCUACUCCAAUUCAAAAAGCAAAUGAGCUAGUACAAGAAAACCAGACCAUCCUGAACAGCAUGACAACCAACUCCCAGGGUAAAGCUUCAGGAACAAUUAAUACAGAAAGAAGUGAUAAUAGAAGAGGACAAGGAAGACGAGGAAGGGGAGGGAGGCGUGGUAGAGGACGUCAUCAGGCCCCACCACAGAAGACGGGUCCCACUCUGCUAGAGAUGCUGUUGGCUCCAGAUAUCCGUCACGAGAGAAAUGUCUUACUGCAAUGUGUGCGUUAUGUUGUUAGAAAUAAUUUUUUUGGACUGGAUAACAAGUCACAGGAAGAUAGUAAAAAAUCCAGCAGUACAAAUGGAAAACGCUCUGAAAGUGGUAAUGUUCAUACAGAUGUAAAUCAAUAUGUUUCACAUAACUGUACUACUGUACAUUCAGCCCAAGAGCAAGAUAGCUUGGAACAGUUGGCUGGUCUUGUAGAAAGCUCCCUAAAUGCAGCUGAAGUUUCACAAAAUUCAAAUAUAUCACCAAGUAUGAACUGUCAAAAUGAAAAUACAUCUAGUUAUCAAACUUACGAUGAUGAAAUAUGGGAGAGUGAUUUGAAAUAGCAUACUCCUUUGUAUGGUUGUGGUGUGGUUAAGAUAUAAUUUCAAGCAGCUGUAAUAUUAUGUAAUGAAUCCUUUUGUGUUCAUUUAUGUAUGUGUUAUACAAUUUUGUACAAUAACAUUUGAUUACUUUUCAUUUAAAUAAAUGAGCCAUUUUGUGGUUUGCUGUAUCCGUUAAGGUAGUACUUGCAGUAUUUAUCAGCAUGAAAUAUUAUAGGUUGUUGCCCUUAUUAGUUAUUACUAGGAUAUUAAUUGCAGUGUAUUUCACCAACAAAAAUGCAGCAUCACUUGUUAAUUUUCGAAUUAUAUUAUUUUGUCCAUACGUUUGCAUAUUGUAAUUAUAUUUAGUCAAAAAUUAUUUGAUUUCUUACACCUUAUUUUAUGCUGUUCAUCUCGUAUACCGAUUGUUUACUAUUCAUGUUUUAUGAUGCACCA